GAGCGCCAUGGACGUGCCGCGCGCCGCGAGCGUCAACGCCGAGCCGGGCUGGUACUUGUCGGCUCAGGAGGCGGACGAGGGCGCCCCGCUCCUGGCGCCGCCGGGCCGGGGAUCGUUGAAUCAUUUGUCACCUGGUACUUCAUUUGGCUUCUCAGUGUUUAAUUUAAUGAAUGCUAUCAUGGGCAGUGGAAUCCUUGGACUGGCAUAUGCUAUGGCUAAGACAGGAAUAAUUGGAUUUAGUGUGUUGCUGCUGGUCAUUGCCGUCCUGGCAUCUUACUCUGUGUUUCUGCUGCUCACUAUGUGCCUUCACACUGCUGUCACUUCCUAUGAGGACAUUGGGCUCUUUGCAUUUGGCUCUCCUGGAAAGGUCCUUGUGGCCAGUACAAUCAUUAUACAGAACCUUGGAGCCAUGUCAUCUUAUCUGUUCAUUAUUAAGUCUGAACUUCCUGGAGCCAUUGCAGGACUUCUGAAUGGAGACCAUAGUGGCUCCUGGUACCUUGAUGGGAGACUGCUGUUACUGAUUACCUCCGUUUGUAUUGUCUUCCCUCUAGCACUUCUUCCUAAAAUUGGCUUUCUUGGCUACACAAGUAGUUUAUCAUUUUUCUUUAUGGUGUACUUUGCUCUUGCGAUCAUAAUCAAAAAGUGGUCCAUUCCUUGUCCUCUACCGCUAAAUAUUGCUGCAGGAUUCUCUCAGGUCUCAAAUUCCACUGGGAACUGUCAAGCAGCACUCUUUAAUUGUUCCAAGGAGAGUGCUUAUGCCAUUCCAAUUAUGGCUUUCUCAUUUCUCUGCCAUACAUCAGUAUUGCCAAUUUAUUGUGAACUGCAAAGUCCAUCCAAAAGCAGGAUGCUGAAAGUAGCCAACACUGGAAUUGGUCUGAGCUUUCUAGUUUAUUUUGUGUCUGCACUAUUUGGAUACCUCACUUUUUAUGAUCACGUGGACUCAGAGUUGCUGCAAGAAUACAGCCGGUACCUGCCCCGUGACACAGUCAUCUUGACAGUAAAACUGGGCAUCCUCCUGGCCGUGCUGCUGACGGUACCCCUCAUCCAUUUUCCUGCAAGGAAGGCUAUAACCAUGAUUUUCUUUUCACAUCUUCCCUUCUCCCUGGUGCGCCACAUUCUCAUCACGUUGGCACUCAACACAACUGUUGUGUUGCUAGCAAUGUAUGUGCCUGACAUCAGACAGUUUUUUGGAGUAGUAGGUUCAACCACAUCAACUUGCCUGCUCUUUGUAUACCCGGGGCUGUUUUAUCUUAAGAUCAGCACAGAGGACUUUAUAUCACGACAGAAGCUUGGGGCAUGUGCGCUGCUAGUUUUUGGCCUCUUGAUCGGCCCUCUCAGUUUAGCACUAAUCAUUUACAAUUGGAUUCAUCCAUGAAAGAAUUCCUGCCUCGAACUGGGCAUGACAACGGCAGCCCCGGUGGAGAUCUCCACCAAUGUCUUACAUAAAAUUACCCAGUUAAAUACGGAGCUUUGGAAAACCAUCACGAACUGUACUGCAAUUCAGGUUUCUCUUCACUCGAAUAAUCCCUGCCAUUCUGCAAAUUUAGCCUGGAGCUAAAGAAGAUUAUAGCAACGACUCUGCCCUUGGACUGUCUCUCUGCUUUGGCAUCAAGGCACAUGCUUCUCUACCCAGCGAGCAGUAACUCCUGAAACUUGAAACACUAGUGACAUUGCAGGAAAGCAGCCCUCUUCAGCCUGGUCACCUCCAGACAUGUUGACCAACAACAACUAGUCUGUGGUUGUCUGGGGAUGCUGGGAGCUGUAGUUCUGUAGUUCUUGAAGGCAGCAGGCUGGGGAAGACCAUGCCAUGUUCUCUAGGCCCAGCCUUAGGUGCCAUCACAAAGCCGAACGAGGUGCCAUCACAGCCAAACUGUGCACGAGAGAGUUUGCGGGCUGGUGAAGUACCCAGCUGUGGACAGGUUAUGGCUCCGAUCCAGCAAGACAGGUGGUCUUCCAAGAAAGCUCUUUUGAAAAUGGCUGAAAUUGCACCCCAGCUGUUGCUGUCGGUUUCGCAGAAACUGUUUGCAAAGCUCCUCCCACUGCCUUAUCCCCAGCAUGCUGGGCCUAAACACGCUGGCCCAGCCUCGGUUGGAUUACAGUCCCUCAUGCAAGACAAUUUACCGUUGAGCGGAGAAGUAAAAAAGGGCACGGGUUUACCUUGCCUGCCCAUCGUCCUGACUUUGCAGCAUAUUGACCGUGCAAUAUGUAUAGUUUUUAUAAUAAGAUCAUGGGGUGGAUGCAAAAUAAAACUCUCUUCCGUUGAGGUA